UCACAUAUAAUUUAAUUCAAUAUACUGUCUGGAAACAACUUUCCUGAUCAUUAAUUUCUGCCUGACAUAAGAAUUCAUUGCAAAUUCAACAUCGGGGCUUCAGGCUAAUCACAUCAUUGCAUGGUUCCACAGCCAAUGUGAAAGCCUAUAUCAAAAUGAUUGCCAUCGGUUACGUUUAAUUAUGGAGUUCUAUCUCAUAUGUAGUACACUACUUUUGACUGCGUUGAACUAGAUAGGGAAUUGGGUGUCGUUUUAAGACGUAUUUCCUCAGGAUCAAGGGGCGCUGUGCUGCUGUUUAUUCUUGCUCUGGCUUUGCGGCCUUUUCUGUUGCCUGGAAAAGCCCUCUCACAAGGUUAUGAAAUGAGUGUCAUUUUGAUUUAACGGUGGAGCUCGUUUUUUAAUCCCGGACUCGGUCACUAUUCGGAUGGGUUGAGCCAAGAUGUCGUGCUUUUUACUGCUGUCGCAGCUCCGGUAACCGUUCCUCAUGUUAACCCUUGGGGGAGGAGGGAUUCUUGAGUGCUGUCGCACAACUAUUACUUUCCGACUUCUGCUGUUCGAGUCUGGCAACAACAGAACUGGAAGUGGUUGUGGGUUUUGGUUUUCACGGCGAGACUUGUAAAAUCUCAUUUUUUUUUAAAGGCGAUCGUUGUAAAUGAUCUCUCUGCGUGUGUGUGUGUGUGAGGGAGAAUGAGGGAUACCAACGGGAGGAUUUCGUGGCACUACUCGGGAUGAUGGGAAUUCCACCGGUAUGGGCGCUUGGCGCUGGCCAGACUGGAUGAGGAAGUGAGGCUGAGAGAGUGGUCAGCAGAGAGACAACGGCUACCUGGGACUGCAGCAGGAAGAGGACCUUUGGGCAGAGGAGAGAGAGGUCAGCAGAGAGACAACGGCUACCUGGGACUGCAGCAGGAAGAGGACCUUUGGGCAGAGGAGAGAGAGGUCAGCAGAGAGACAACGGCUACCUGGGACUGCGGCAGGAAGAGGACCUUUGGGCAGAGGAGAGAGAGGUCAGCAGAGAGACAACGGCUACCUGGGACUGCGGCAGGAAGAGGACCUUUGGGCAGGUUCCUGCAGCGUGUGUCAGGGUGGAGUUACCUGACCCAUGGAGAAUUACUUCCAGACAGAGGCCUUCAACCUGGACAAGGUGCUGGAUGACUUUGAACAGAACCAAGAUGAUGAGACAGACAGUCCCACUCUGUCGGAUGCUAAGUGGAGUCAGAUCCUGGCCCCUCCGACCCACUUCCUGUCUCUGAACCCUGCUCUGGCUUUGACCCCUGACCCCAGGGGCGGGGACAGUCCCCUCCCCUUCAAGACCCUCCCAACCCUCGACCCGUCCUCUAACGACUUCCAGGGCCCUGACUCCAAACGCCACCCCGCUGCCAAGCCUCCUUCCUGGGGAGAGGGAGAGCCAGGCUGCGCUGCGGACGUCCACAGCCCUCCGCUCCCCCAACCCAACAUCGGCAAGCUGGUGGGGGUGAGGAGGGCUUGUCUCCCCUUGACGAACUCUGCAAGGGGAUCCAAACGACCCCUUCAAACCACCAGCCGCCUGCCCCCUCUGACCCACGUCCUGAUGUCCCUCUGGAGGGAGAGGACAGAGAGGAGGCUGACAUGGCUGGGGACAGUCACAGGACACUGGGGGAGAGGACAGAAUGGAGGGGUGAUGGAAGAACUGAGAGGGGGGACAAAAGAGUGUAGGAAGUCUUCUCAGAAGGAGAAGAGGUUGAAUGGAGAGCUGGACAAGAGUGGGGUUCAGAAUGGAGAGGUGGCUCUCACCAACGGCCUGGCUACUGCAGGGAAGAAGAAGAAGAGGGGUCUCUCACCUCCCCCCUCCAAGGAGGACUCUGUAACAGAGGAGAAGGAGAUGGAGGAGAGCAAGCAAGAGCACGAAGGAGGAGGAGAAAGAGGCGGUAGCUCUUUACCCAAGAAACUGAACAACAGUUGUUUGCAGCCGGUGAGCUUGCCGUUCGGAGGGGCACGUCCUAAACAGCCGGUCAGUCUCAAACUCCAGAUCCCCCGGCCCCUAUACGAACAGGUCCAGAACCAGCUGGCGCCUUCUGCUAACACUGCCGGCAACGUUACUGGUGGAGGAAAGAACAAGAACCUUGAGAACCGUGGCGGUGCCGGAAUCAUGGAUACGGCAACUGUACUUGCCUUGGGCGACCCUGGUGGUGGUGGUGUUGUGAAGGGGGAGGUGCUAACCGGGGAGUCUCCGUCAUCAUCGUCGGGCCUGGUGGAGGUGUCCGAGAGCAGCCCGGAUAAUGACUUCCAGGCAGGGCAGCAUCACCAAGGCGCUCUGCCCAGGAAACAGCUCUCCUCCCUGGGGGAUGGCCCCGUGUGGGUCCCUGACUCCCAGGCUCCAGUCUGUAUGAAGUGCGAAGUCCGCUUCACCUUCACCAAGAGGAGGCAUCACUGCAGGGCCUGUGGAAAGGUGUUCUGUGCUGCCUGCUGCAGCCUGAGGAGCAGACUGAUUUACAUGGACAGGAAGGAGGCCAGAGUCUGUAUCACCUGUCACUCUGCCCUACUGAGUGCUCAUUCGAGAGAGGGUAUGUGUGACAUGUCUAACCAGAGUCCUAACUCCAACAACCCAGCAGAGUACUGCAGUACCAUCUCACCUCUGCAGCAGAUCCAAUCCUCAGGGACGCUGACCUCCCUUCCCCCCACUGUGAUGGUCCCUGUGGGAGUUCCUAAAACACCCGGCUCCGAGGGGUCUCUCGCGCGGGAGCAGAGGAGGGUGUGUUUUGCAGACGGGAUCCUACCCAAUGGGGAAACAGCGGAAUCCCCCAAGCCCCCUGCUACCAGCCCCGCUCCCUCGCGUCCAUUGGCCGUCUCGCAGUGUUCCAACAAAUCCUCCACUGCUGAUUCGUCAGAGGCAUUGUCCCCUGCAGCCCCAGUGGGAAGCCCUGUAGGCAGCUCCAUCAGUCUAAUUCCGGAGGACGGACUUCCUCCCAUCCUCAUCUCCACCGGAGUUAAAGGAGACUAUGCGGUGGAGGAGCGUCCCUCUGAGAUGGUUCUGAUACAGCAGCUGGAGGAGGGAGGGCCUGACCCCUUGGUGUUUGUGCUCAACGCUAACCUGCUGGCCAUGGUCAAACUGGUCAACUACGUAAACAGGAAGUGUUGGUAUGUGACCAGUAAGGGGAUGCAUGCAGUUGGCCAGGCUGAGGUGGUGGUGCUGCUGCAGUGUCUGCCUGACGAGAAGAGCAUUCCCAAAGACCUCUUCAGCCACUUCGUACAGCUCUACCAGGAGGCCCUCACAGGUAAUGUUCUGACCCACCUGGGCCAUUCGUUCUUCACCCAGAGUUUCCUGGGCAGCAGGGAGCAUGGAGGGUUCCUCUACGUCUCCCCGUCUUUCCAGUCCCUCCAGGACCUGAUGCUCCCCAACCCCCCCUACCUGUUUGGGGUGUUGCUGCAGAAGUGGGAGACCCCCUGGGCCAAGGUGUUCCCCCUCCGACUCAUGUUCCGGCUGGGUGCAGAGUACAGAUUCUACCCCUGCCCUCUGUUCAGUGUGCGGUUUAGAAAACCCCUCUUCGGAGAGACCGGCCACACCAUCAUGAACCUGCUAGCAGACUUCCGUAACUACCAGUACACGUUGUCCCUGGUGAAGGGUCUGGUGGUGGACAUGGAGGUGAAGAAGACCUGCAUCAAGAUCCCCAGCAACCGAUACAACGAGCUAAUGAAGGCUAUGAACAAGUCCAAUGAGCACGUCUUGGCCAUGGGGGCGUGUUUCAACGAGCGGGCCGACUCCCACCUGGUGUGUGUACAGAAUGAUGACGGAAACUACCAGACACAGGCCAUCAGCAUUCACCAUCAACCACGCAAAGUGACCGGCGCUUGUUUCUUCGUGUUCAGUGGUUCUCUAAAGGCAGGACACCUGGCCAAGACCAGCAUUGUUGAAGACGGUGUGAUGGUGCAGAUCACAGGAGAGACUAUGGACGCUCUACGGCAAGCCCUGAGGGACAUGAAGGACUUCAGUAUCACCUGUGGCCUGGUCGACCAGGAGGACAGACAGGAACAUGUUCACAUACAGUGGAUAGAAGAUGACAUCAACUUCAACAAGGGAGUGAUCAGUCCUAUCGAUGGGAAGUCUAUGGAGUCCAUCACUAGUGUGAAGAUCUUCCAAGGGUCGGAGUUCAAGGCCAACGGGAAGGUCAUCCGCUGGACAGAGGUGUUCUACCUCCAGAGUGAUGACCAGGCUCAGCCCAACGGUCUGAGUGACCCUGCUGAUCACAGCCGUUUGACGGAGAACGUAGCGAGGGCGUUCUGUGUGGCGUUGUGCCCUCACCUGAAACUGUUGAAGGAGGAUGGCAUGGCCAAGCUGAGCCUACGUGUCACCCUCGACUCAGAGCAGGUGGGUUACCUGGCGGGCAGUAAUGGCCAGCCUCUCCUCCCCCGUUACCUGAGCGACCUGGACAGUACCCUGAUCCCUGUCAUCCACAGCGGGGCAUGUCAACUCAGUGAGGGCCCUGUCAUCAUGGAGCUGGUUUUCUACAUCCUGGAGAUUAUCUCCUAGGAGACGGAUGCAACGGACCCCCUCCCGUCUCCUGGUUCUCCCUUUCUCUCUGCCACCACCUCUUUUUUUCCCCCCUCCCAUUCUGCCUCGCCUCCCAUCCCUUCAGAGGGGCUGAAAACUGAGCAGGGCAGCUAGCUAAUGUUACUGUCCCUUCACCAGACGGACAGCUAGCUCUGCUGGUUAGCUACCAGCUAGCUAAUGUUGCUAUCCCUUCACCAGACGGACAGCUAGCUCUGCUGGUUAGCUACCAGCUAGCUAAUGUUGCUAUCCCUUCACCAGACGGACAGCUAGCUCUGCUGGUUAGCUACCAGCUAGCUAAUGUUGCUAUCCCUUCACCAGACGGACAGCUAGCUCUGCUGGUUGGCUACCAGCUAGCUAAUGUUGCUAUCCCUUCACCAGACGGACAGCUAGCUCUGCUGGUUAGCUACCAGCUAGCUAGCGUCCCUCCACUCAGCCUAUGCACCAUCUCUUCUCUGUCCUUGGACCAGAUCACAUGAUCCAGGAAGUCUGAGUAGCAUUCCAGUUCCACUGUGGUAGCUAGAGGACAAAGCAGAAGCACAGUUCUCUGGGAAAUGUAUUCUCUGAAGGCCUUGUUGUAGCAUGGGGUGCUCUGAGGAACUGAUGGAGAGGUGUCCAGAGCUCUGCCUGAUGAAACGGCACUUCUAUCUCCGCUGACAGGGACAUCACGCGGUCCGGUGAGCUAGGAAGGUGAAAGAAACUCCGAUAAGUGGAGAGAGAGAGAGAGAGGAAGCAUCCUCCUGUUGAUGCGGUUUCAUUUUGCACCCCGGUGCUCAGUGUCGGUGCCUACAGGCACAACUCUUCACAGAGGAAGGAAGGGUUUAAGGAAGGAUGCAAGAAAAGGAAGGACUCUCCUCAGGGGUCUUAAGUCUGGCCUCUUUUAGCUUUAUCCAAUGAUCACCAGAUUCUUUAUUUCCUGACGCACUUCCUGGACUACAGUUUGUUUGCUCUGGUUGUGUUGUUGGAAUGUUUUCUAGGCAGCACAAUUGUAGUUGUCUCACUCGAUCCUCCUGUAGCAGAGAUGCAGCGCAGCAUCCUACUCCCUUGUUAGGGCACAACUUGACCCCAUAGGCCUUCGGUGAAAAGUCGUGAGCUAUAUAAGGGAUAGGGGUCCAUAGAUUUGGGAUGCAGCGCAGCCCAGGACUGCCCUCUGCUGUGUGAAUAAGGACCUAAACAGCUUUGUAAGAAUAAUGUAAUUCUGUUCUUGAGGAUGAGAAACUGUAAGGUCUAAUUUUUGUCGAUAAAUUUGGCAGAACAAGCCCCUCUUCCCCCCCAAUAGACAUGCUGACAUUUCGUAAAGAUAGUGACGGUAAAUCUGAAGUUGUGUGUAAACAAAGAUCAAUAUAUUAUUAAGUACUUGAGACAUGACCAUUGUGGUUUUGUUGGUAUAAAACAAUAUUCCUACGAUAUGAACGAGCAGUGCUACGAUAGAUAGACAAGUCUCAUCUGUAAACUCAGACAAUCACGCAUGAAUAUCUGCAGGAGAUGCAUUGACAAACAUCAUUUAAGGUAUACGUUUGUAUACCGUAUGUAUUAAAGAUAGUCAUUUGAUUGUGACGAUAAAAUAAAUGUGUUUGGCAGGGCAGUAAUUGAGGACGUAGUAUAAUGAGGACAAUGAAUAAACAAACUGCUCUGGACAAAUGACAUUUAAAAUGGUUAUUGUUGGAGGGUUUCAUUCCUCCUGGGUCGUGUUCAUUCGGCACCACACGGAAGAAAACAGACUGUGACAGGAAGGGACUAACUGAACUACCUGUCCAACGAGGAACACUUGUUUUCAUUUUCCACUGUAAAACGUUUUGCGCUAAUGUAAUACGGCGUUGGAGUGUUGGAGUUGUCCAAUAAGAAACACUCUUUUCUUUUUGUGUGUCUUUUGCAUUAUUAUUUUCUGUAACAUGCCCUAAUGAACAGCAUCCCAGUUUUCUGGAGAGGGGGGGACGAUCAUUGUCAUUGUGUGUGUGUGUCAGUGGCUUCCUUAUCUUCACACUGCAGUGUGCAACUUCAAUAGGAAACAUUUGAAAGAUUCUUUUUCGUCCCAAGAUUUUCCAUGGAUAUAUUGGAACCGUACGAAACGGGGCGGGACCUACCUAAAAUGGUCCAAUAGAAACUCUCUUGUUAUGACCAAUCAUUUUCCGUUUGCUUACGGUGUACACUAGUGAACACACCCUUUGACUCCCCUCCCUCCCUUGGCAUUACUUCAGGUGUGCAUUAACCCGAAGGUGUAUUUUGUUUUUGUUUUUCUUGAUGGUAGCAUUUUGUUAUUGAAUUAAACAGACUUUCUACCAGAACUCUGUACUGCAUGUAUCCAGAAACCAACUCGACAAGCUCGCAAUGGUGACGAGAGCGAACCAACUUCUCUGCGGACAACAUUCUGCCGUUGAGUCCAACACACAAACAUCCAUUGGAUCAGCCUUGAGCUUUUCAGAAAAUCCUGUUUUCUUCUUCAUUUUAACAUUUUGAUAUCAUCAAUCCAACCAAAAAAAGCAUCUGUAUGAAAAGCCAAAAACCCUGUACAUCUUUACCGUUCACAACAAAUGUCUAAACCAGUCUAUCAAACUGUAGUAUAAUAAAAAUGUAUAUACAAGUUGAAA